AUGGGGAUUGCAUUCGCCAUGGCGCAAUACAUUACGGAUAUUGUAUAUACCUUAACAAAUUGCAUGGGCUGCUUCCCCGGAACUCCGACCCUUAAGAUUAAUAAUCGGAGCUUCAAGAUAGCGCGAUUACUGGGAGAGGGUGGAUUUUCUUACGUCUACUUAGUCCAAGAUACCAGUAACGAAGCUCUGUAUGCACUGAAAAAGAUUCGAUGUCCCUUUGGCCAGGAAUCCGUCUCUUUAGCCUUGCGAGAGGUAAAAGCAUAUGCACUAUUUUCACCGCAUCCCAAUAUAAUCCAGAGCAUCGAUCACUGUGUCUCAUCAGAUAAAUCAGACCCUGGCGCCAAAACAGUAUAUAUCGUGCUACCUUAUUACCGAAGGGGAAACUUACAGGACUUAAUUAACUCUAAUUUGGUCAACAAUACGAGCUUCCCAGAGAAGCAGCUGAUGAGACUAUUUCUCGGAAACGGGAAUAAAAAUGGCAAGAAACAGAAAAAGGCAAAAAAACAGACGGGACACAAUGACCAGGGAUCUCCCGUAAGAUCUGACCAGAUAAGAGAAAACGAAGAGGCAGGCGACAUUGGCUCGGAAAGUGAACAUCAAGGUUUACUGACAGACCGGGAACUCAACUCGCAACAAGUUGGGCCUAGCGAUAUAAGUGCUUAUGCACACAGAGACAUCAAGCCAGGAAAUAUCAUGAUAGACGAUGACGGUGAGCAAUCCAUUUUAAUGGACCUCGGAUCACUAGCUCCUUCUCCAACAUCAAUUACAUCUAGAUCUGAGGCUCUCGCCCUCCAAGACAUUGCCGCAGAGCACUCUACCAUGCCGUAUCGAGCCCCUGAAUUAUUUGAUGUCAAGACUGGAAGUGUGAUUGAUACAAAAGUUGACAUAUGGUCUUUGGGCUGUACAUUGUAUGCCUGUCUGGUAGGAAAGUCGCCAUUUGAAAUGCGUAGUGACGAGACUGGUGGAAGCUUGAGUAUUUGCGUGUUAAGUGGUGAUUGGAGAUUCCCCGACGAGGGGGCCGGGAGGUCAAAGGCUAAGAACCAGCCGAGUCAGGGUGAUAGCAAUGGCAUUAGUGAAAACAUACGAGAAUUGGUUAGGAAAUGUCUCAAAGUUGAGCCUAGCGAAAGACCGGAUGUGAAUGAGUUGAUUGACAUCAUUGAAGAGAUUAUCGCAAAACAAACGGGAAAUGGAGCCUCCUGA